UGUAGCGCACUCUACAGUGUGCAGUAUGCAGUGUGCAGCACGCAUCACGCAGUACGCAGCGCGCGACCCGCUGCUCUGGCCGAUGGGCGGCGCGACACAAUGAAGAGCUCCUCAGAUCUGCUUCAGCAGCAUCAGGAUGAAGAUGACAGAGAUCCUCAGACAUGGACGAGAGUGAUGCAGACGAGCUCUGUCUGGUGGACGAACACAGUUUCGGAUGAUUGACAGCCUCGUGACCCAAUAGGCAGGAUGAUCGCUACCGGCGGGCUGCUGAGGAUUUCCCGGCGCCAGGACUCGCUGCGAACCAAGAACCACGCGGAGAACAAGAAGAAGAGGAAAGCCAAGAAGAAGCGCAAGAACGACGUGGUGGUGUUGAAGGGCAAAGUGAAGCUGUGCUCCGUCUCUGGGCUGGUGGCAGCGCUGGGGGUUUUCAUCCUGAUGAUCGGCGUCACCAUGGCCGUACUGGGAUACUGGCCCAGAGAGAGAAACAACGAGAAAUUCAUCGAACCCGUGCGACGAAUAAAAGAGGACAACCUCACAAGCAAUAACAAGUUAGUGAAGUCAAACACCUCGUCAGGCUUCCUCAAAAGCUUGAUUGUGAGUUAUUUAUACUCGGACAACCUCAAAGUCUUCGGACCGUUAGUGAUGGGCAUCGGGAUUUUCCUCUUCAUCUGCGCCAACGCGGUUCUCCACGAGGAUCGCGAUAAGAAAACCAAAAUCAUCAACCUGCGAGACAUUUACUCCACAGUCAUCGAUAUUCACAGUAUGCGCUCCAAAGACUGCGUCCCGUUCAACGGCCUCAUCGUGCAACCGAAGAGCGAUAAACCGGCGUCUCCACGAAACAACAGACGCCCAUCGUGUGCGAGAAAACACAGCUUGUUUGCGAAGCGCCAGUCGUUCGCCGACACGAUCUACAGCAUCCAUCAAGGAGCCGAGGGUCCGCGCGAGUGGGAGACGCGCUCCAUCGUCACCUCGUCCGUCAAUGCCUUCACGCUCCCCGUCAUCAAACUCAACAACUGCGAAGUGCAGGAGAACGAACCUCCGCGGCGUAGGAGUUGCGUCGCGACGCUGGAGACCAAAGCGGAGGUCUCAGGGACGCGGAUGUGUCUUUCGCACCUGUCUCUGAACGCGCUGACGGAUCCCGGCGCCAGGCGUCUGGACGAGAGCUCGCGCAGGUUCAGCUGUCCCAGACUGGAGCGGUCGGGCAGUAAGGGCUACAUUAAACUAGCCGAUCUGGGAGGAGAUUCGUUCGAGACGCCCGACGCAGAAACAGAGGAGAAGGAGACCCACGCGCUUGAUGAAAACUCAGAUGCACAUCUGCAGAAACACACUGCGUCUCUCUCGGAUUUGUGAACGAUGAUUGGACAUGAGCUAGGGGCACAUUACAAAACUGAAUUUGACUCCCAGACUUUAUUUUGAAGAUGUGAAAUAAAUACUAAUAAACAAAACAAAAACUUAUACAUGUCAGAAAAGGAGUACACUGCAAAAAAUGAUUUUCUUACUUAGUAUUUUUGUCUUGUUUUCUAGUAUU